GUUUACCCGGCAGUACUUCCGCAGUGUAUUUAGUAUUUGUGUAGCAUGAACAGUGUGUUGCGGCAAUGGACGGUAAAGCUGUGAAGGCGAUAUUGUUUGACUUGGACAACACGCUCGUUGAAACAAGUCGGGCAGGUAGAGUGGCCAUACAAAAGACCAGUGAACUUUUGAAGAGCACACUGGCCCUUGACGACAAAACCAUCAGCAGCAUUUGUGACGAGUUCAAGCAGAAGCUUUUCCAUGAGUGCUUUGACCCGUCAGCCGGCAGAUCCAUCGAUGAGGUCCGGGUGGGUCACUGGGAGGAGAGCAUACAGGCCUACAUCCAGGAAGCUGUGGGCAGUUGUUCCACACCCUCAUUGGCCGCUAAGUGCUACUACCUGUGGAAAAACAGUCGCCUGGAGGUUCUCAGUCUGUCCCCUGAGAUCUGCAGUCUCCUGAAACAACUGCGCAGCGGAUACAAGCUGCUGCUGCUGACCAACGGGGAAGCUCGCACUCAGAGGGAGAAAGUGGAGGCAGUCGCAUGCGAGGAGUUCUUCGACGCCAUCGUGAUCGGGGGAGAACACGCGGAGCAGAAACCAUUCGCCUCCAUCUUCACUUUGUGUUUCAACAUGCUGGAGGUGGAGGCCCAGGACUGUGUCAUGGUGGGAGACUCUCUGGACACAGAUAUUCAGGGGGGCUUUAACGCUAGAGUACGGGCUACCGUUUGGAUCAGCAGUGCAGGAGGCGCUGUGCCCGAUGGUUCAGUGAAACCAGACUACACUAUCCCUACUGUGUUGGACCUGCCAGAUAUUCUGCAACAACUGGAAUAAUGACAACUGGUGAUUGAAACCGUGUGUAAUACAAGUGAAUGAGGGGAAUUUUGUGGGAUUUUCUUUAGUUGGAAUGGAAAUGUUAAAACAUGAAUGCUGUUAAUAAUGGUGCUGGGUACCAAAUUUAGACAGACUGAAUUGCCUCCAUAGUAUUGAGUAUCGAAAAAUGCCUCGUCAUUCAAUACCAAAUUUCAAUACCUAAGUAGUAAAUCUCAUCAGCGUCAGUGAGCCAAUAAGCAUGCAGCAUGCAUCUACCAAGAUCUAAUAAUGCUGGUGAUUUGCUCAAAGUCAAAGUACCUUUAUUAGUCAGGAGAAAGGAGAAAUUUGUUUUGGACGCUGAGAGAAAUUGCUGCAAGAGUUACAACAGAGACACACAACAAGCACAGGGUUAAAACAAUUAAAAGACAAAUGGACAGUAAACAUUUGGGCUACUCAAAGAGCUAUGCAAAUUACCAUUUUCUAUACUUGUGCAAAAAAGCCAUCCUUCCUACAUUCUUCUGUUCUCCCAUACAUGCCUUACAAACACUCAUUCCUACUUCCAUAAGCAUCCAUGCAUUCAGUCAUAAAAUAAACAUUCAUUUAUCCAUUCAUAAAUAUCCAUACAUUGUUAUAAAUGUGCAUUCAUUCCUCCAUUCAUACAUACACUCAGUCACAGAUAUACAUUAAUGACUUCAUAGUCAUACGUUCAUCGCUGCUCAUUAAUGAGCUUGACUGAGAGAGGAACAAAUGAGUGCUUAUACCUUAUAUUUGCACAGAGGAACCCUGUACCUCUUUCCUGAGUUCAAUAGCUCAAACUCUGAAAACUGCUGUCGUUGCACGUCGUAGAGACACGCAGG